CGAUACGCGCAUGUUUUGUAUAUGUUAACCUAAAAAAAGUUGUAUACAAGUUUCGUAAAUGAUAAACAAAUAAUAAAUAUAAAUAAGUUUUUUAUUUAGUGAAUAUAAAGAAUUAAAUUAUACAUCAUUUAUUUAAUUAAUUAUGGCAGUAACAACAGCUUCUGGAAUCCCUGACAAGCAUUGGCAACCACCAUUUGUUUCUUUAGAAACAUCAAUGGGAGAGAUAAUUAUUGAACUCUAUUGGAAACAUGCUCCAAUUACUUGCAGAAAUUUCGCAGAACUUGUUAGACGUGGAUAUUAUAAUGGCACGAAAUUUCACAGGAUAAUUAGAGAUUUUAUGAUUCAAGGAGGGGAUCCAACUGGAACAGGAAAAGGAGGAGUUUCCAUUUAUGGAGAGUGCUUUGAUGAUGAAAUUCAUGAUGAUUUGAAACACGCUGGUGCUGGAAUUUUGUCGAUGGCAAAUUCAGGUCCAGAUUCAAAUGGAUCUCAAUUUUUUAUUACACUUGCUCCGACACAGUGGUUGGAUGGAAAACAUUCAAUUUUUGGACGAAUUCACACUGGCAUGGCAAUUGUAAAAAGAAUUGGACUCGUAGAAACUGAUAAAAAUGAUCGACCAAUUGAUGACGUGAAAAUAGUCAAAGGAUCAGUGAGAAAUCCUUAAAAAAUACCCGAUACUUUUCUACUUUUCUAAUGUAAAUAAAAAGGAAAAUAAAUUUAAAAAUUCAUCAUUAA